AGCUCAAGGUUCAGUUCAAAACUUCUAGGAAAUAGAUGCUCCGGGUAGAUGUGUAUUGCUCUCUACUUUCUAGUCCCCGACAAGUCAAGUUGGUAAAUGUCGGCAGCAGAAGUUUAGGGUCAUGGCAGAUCCAGCAGCGUAGCGCUCAAAGACUACCCAAGGGGAUUUCUGUCAAGGCCGUGAAUGAUGGGACGGGAGGGGGAACAAGCGGAUUUCGGGGUCAGAGCUGGGAGCCUGGGUCAGAAAUUGAGGUUCCUUUUGAACAAAGACCGGUGAAUGAGUACUCAUCUUUGAAGGAAGGAACCUUGUACUCGUGGGGCGAUCUGGGACCAGGGCCUUUUUUCCUUCGUCUUGGAGGUUUGUGGUUGGUAACAUUCACAGUUUUAGGAGCGCCCAUAGCAGCUGCAAGCUUUAAUCCAUCAAGGGAUCCUCUACGAUUUGUUCUAGCAGCUGGAACCGGAACUCUUUUCCUUGUAUCGUUGAUCGUCUUAAGAAUUUAUCUGGGAUGGAGUUACGUUGGCGAUAGACUACUAUCAGCAGUCAUACCUUAUGAAGAGACUGGAUGGUAUGAUGGACAAAUGUGGGUGAAACCACCUGAGGUCCUGGCUCGUGACAGACUUUUGGGCUCUUACAAGGUUAAACCAGUCAUCAAGUUGCUGAAACAGACUCUAGUCGGAACAGGGGUAUUGCUUGUUUCAGCAGUGAUGCUAUUCAUCUUUGCUACACCAGUGGAGGAUUUCGUUCAAACCACAUUUUCUACAAAAGAAAACUCAUCAAAUGUUUCUGUCUCAAAACUGAGAAGAGAAGAAUUGCUUAAAUUGCCUACGGAAGUAAAAUCUGAUGAUGACCUAGCAGCAGCCGCUGCUGAGGCGGCAGACGGAAGACCAGUCUACUGCAGAGAUAGGUUUUAUCGUGCACUAGCAGGUGGACAAUACUGCAAGUCGGAUGAUCUACUGAUGAAGUGAUGGGUAAAACACAAAUGCAUAGCUAUUCUUAUGAAAAUCCAUAUUAUAACUGGAGGUGAUGCUAGAGGCACAAUAGAUGUUAUACAACUGUUUUCACACACUAAGCAGGGACCUGCCUGGCAACCCACAUCAACUAAGGAAAAUCCACUAGCAGCCCCAAAUACACAGGGCGACAUGGGUAUGACACACGGGAAUGCCAUCUUAGUCACCCCAUCAUUUUGUAAAACAGUCUUUUGUACAAGUCUUUGAACAAAUAGCAUUGUGUUGUAACUAUGCUUUGUAAUUUGUAACAGUUAAACAACACAACUUAAAGGUCUUAUGACGUAAUUGAA